AUGCCGCGAAUCCCGUACCGAUAUCCUGCGGCCGGUGCCGACCCCAUCGCAGAUGCCAUCCGAGAACGACGAGGCGCACGAGGACUCACACCGCUUGAUGGAUCCUUGCUCAACGCACCCGCCAUCGCCAAUGGCUGGAACACGCUGCUCGGAGCCACGCGAACUAAAAACUCGAUCCCGGAAGAUGUACGCGAGAUGAUGAUCCUGCGUGUCGCUGCGCACAACUCUGCCAACUUUGAGUGGAUCCAGCACGCCCCCGUCGCCGAAAAGGCUGGCUGCACCACGGCACAGCUGGCUGCGGUGCGCGAUGUGCGCGCGCCACUCUCGACAUCCUCGGUGCUGAGCCCGCUGGCAAAGGCGGCGCUUGCCCUCGCUGACGAUAUGACCACAAAAGUGCGCGUCCAGGAUUCGACUUUUGCGUCGCUCAAGUCGGCUUUCACCGAGAACGUCAAGGAGCUUGGCGACAAGGCCAGUGUAGACGGCUUCGAAGGCGAAGAUCUGGUCAACAGAAAGGUCGCGGAGGCUACGCUCACCAUCGCCGUAUACAACAUGGUCUCUCGUUUCCUCGUUGCGAUCGAUGUCGACGACCGUGCCAACGUACCCGUGCCUAAGCCCGAAGGCAGCGAGCAUGUCCAGGACCCGGCUUCGCUGACGCUCCCCGUCACCGGACCCAGCUCGUCGGCAGGCAGAGGUCUGGUGCAGCUGCCAGACGGUCAACUGCUCAGCACGCGUGUCCACUUCCACAGCAUGACAGCUCCAUGGAUCGUGCUCGUCAACUCGCUCAUGACUGAACUCAGCAUGUGGGAUGCCGUCAUCCCUGCGCUCUCGACGCGCUUCAACAUCCUCUCGUACGACCAAAGGGGGCACGGUAGCUCGGCCGUACCGACUGAGCCGUGCACCAUCGCACAGCUUUCGGACGACGUGGCAUUCUUGCUCGACAGUCUGGCGGUUAAGAAGGCCUACGCCGUGAUCGGAGUGUCUCAGGGCGGUGCGACAGCGCUUUCAUUUGCCCUGCGACACCCAGACCGAUACGAGAGGCUGGUCGCAUGCGAUACGCAGCCCAGCACACCCGCCGCCAACGUGGGCGCAUGGGAUGAGCGCAUCGCAUUGGCCAGAAGCAAGGGCAUGGGCGAGCUAGCAACAGCCACGGUGCCGCGUUGGUAUGGACCAGGCUCGCAGGCCAGUCCGGCAUGCAGAGCGAAAACCGAGCAGAUGAUCAAGACGACGCAGGUCGAGGGUUUCGCCGCCGGUGCGCGUGCGCUUCAGAACUACGAUCUGAUCAAGGACGGCAUCGUCGACGCUUUUAGCAAGGCUUCGUCGAGUCGUCACCUACUUAUCGCAGGCGAGGCAGACGGCAAACUGCCCGAGACGCUCGAGGCUUUUACUAACAAGCUGACGGAAGCCGGCGCCAAAGCCGAGUUCGUCAGCAUUCCCAACGCUGGACACCUGCCCAUGUGCGACAACCCGGAUGCCUGGCUGCAGCCCGUGCUCAAGUUUCUUGCAUGA